AGUAGGGGGGAAAAGCCAAGAACUGUACUUUCUCAACUGUCGUGCUCUUACGGUGAAAUGCAGAGGAAUAAAUUCAACAUCGACUGAAAGUGAUACUUUAUUGCAUCGUGGACUGUUACCAUCUGAUACGUGACUGUUUUCUCGUGAGAGCAAUAUUAAGGUUGGAUUUGUUUCCUCCCCCUCUGCUGCUCCAUAGUUUGGGAUCCUCCGUCUCUCUCUCGCGCCUUUCUGCUGCUGCAGUAUGAACGGACACACAGGCGGACCGAUUUAGUGCACGCGUAUUUCGGUUAAAAUGUUUGGCGCUGGAAUGGUGUUUUGGGAACGACUUCAAGACUGACACGUGGAAUAAUAAAUAAUGUCAAUGCUUUAAAAUUCGUUCUUGGGAAGUGCACAGGCAAAAGCGUGUCCUUGUUUAUUAUUGGAUCCAUGAAAUAAAGGGUGAAAAUGACCUAUGGCGGAAGUUGAAUCGCAUACAGAGAGACUCUGAGUAAACUGGACGGGGCCUGUCCCAUAAUCCCCACUCGUCGGGUCAAGGGACCAUGGGAGAUGGAGGUGUCAAUGUGGUGGGAGAAGGGGUGAAUCAGUCCCAUGUGCUCUUUGACCGCUUCGUCCAGGCCACCACCUGCAAAGGCACUCUCAAGGCUUUUCAAGAGCUUUGUGACUUCCUGGAACUCAAGCCCAAUGAAUACCGUGUGUUCUACCACAAACUCAAGUCCAAGCUCAACUACUGGAAAGCCAAAGCUCUCUGGGCCAAGUUAGACAAGCGCGCCAGCCAUGAAAAAUACAAAAAAGGAAGGGCCUGUGCCAAAACCAAAUGUCUGAUCAUUGGAGCUGGACCAUGUGGUUUGCGUACAGCCAUAGAGCUGGGCUUCCUUGGAGCCAAGGUGGUUUUGUUGGAGAAGAGGGAUGCAUUCUCCCGAAACAAUGUGCUCCAUCUUUGGCCUUUCACCAUUCAGGAUCUGAGGGGUCUUGGAGCCAAGAAGUUCUACGGCAAGUUUUGUGCUGGAGCCAUCGACCAUAUCAGUAUUCGUCAGUUGCAGCUGAUGCUCUUAAAGGUAGCUCUUCUCCUUGGCAUCGAGAUUCACGUCAACGUGGAGUUCAAAGGCCUCAUUGAGCCACCAGAAGACCAAGAGAAUGAGAGAAUUGGGUGGAGAGCCGAGGUCCACCCCAGAACACAUCCAGUCAAUGAGCUAGAGUUCGAUGUUAUAAUUGGGGCUGAUGGGAGGAGAAACACGCUGUCAGGUUUCAGGAGGAAGGAGUUUAGGGGCAAAUUGGCUAUUGCUAUCACAGCUAACUUCAUUAACCGCAACACGACUGCAGAAGCAAAGGUGGAGGAGAUCAGUGGAGUAGCCUUCAUCUUCAACCAGAAGUUCUUCCAGGACCUUAGAGAAGCCACAGGAAUUGACCUGGAAAACAUUGUCUACUAUAAGGAUGACACGCACUACUUUGUAAUGACUGCCAAAAAGCAAAGCCUGCUGGAGAAGGGCGUUAUUCUACAUGACUAUGCUGACACAGAAAUGCUGCUCUCCAGGGCCAAUGUUGACCAGAAGGCUCUGCUGUCCUAUGCCAGAGAAGCAGCAGAUUUCUCUACCAAUCAUCAGCUUCCUAAACUGGACUUUGCUAUCAACCAUUACGGCCAACCUGACGUUGCCAUGUUUGACUUCACCUGUAUGUACGCCUCAGAGAAUGCAGCGCUCAUCCGCCAGCGCAAUGGCCAUAAGCUGCUAGUAGCCCUGGUGGGGGACAGCCUUCUAGAGCCAUUCUGGCCGAUGGGCACUGGAAUAGCAAGAGGCUUCUUGGCAGCCAUGGAUGCAGCGUGGAUGGUGCGGAGUUGGGCUCAUGGAAGCUCCCCUUUGGAGGUGCUUGCUGAACGGGAAAGUAUCUAUCGCCUGCUGCCUCAGACGACUCCAGAGAAUGUGAGCAAGAAUUUUAGCCAGUACAGCGUAGACCCGACUACACGGUACCCCAACAUCAGCCUUCACCAAGUGAGACCCAACCAGGUACAACAUCUGUUAGAUACUGGAGAAACCAGGGAUUUGCGUGUCGACAUGGAGAAUGUGGUCAACUUUUCAACUCCUAAACUCACAAGAAAUGAAAUUCUGCUUGAGAAGCACUUGCAAGAGUCCAUCGUGCGCUCCAAUAAGCUGCUGAACUGGUGUCAAAGACAGACGGAGGGAUACAGAGGUGUCAGCGUGUCUGAUCUCAUCAUGUCCUGGAAGAGCGGCUUGGCCCUGUGUGCGCUCAUCCACCGAUACAGACCAGACCUCAUUGACUUUGACUCAUUGGAUGAGAAAGACAUGGAGAAGAACAACCAGUUGGGUUUUGACGUGGCAGAAAAAGAGUUUGGGAUUUCUCCCAUCAUGACUGGGAAGGAGAUGUCUGUUGUGGUGGAGCCUGACAAGCUCUCCAUGGUGAUGUACCUCAGCCAGUUCUACGAGAUGUUCAAGGACACUGUGCCACCUGGUGAAAACCACAAUAUGAGCCCUGAGGAGAAGGCUGCGUUGAUUGCCAGCACUAAAUCACCCAUCUCGUUCUUCAGUAAACUGGGUCAAAGCAUCGCUAUCUCGCGCAAACGAAACCCCAAGGAUAAAAAAGAAAAGGAACUGGAUGGACUGGGGAAAAGACGAAAGACCAGCCAGACUGGACAAUCAGAGGAUGAAGGGUCGCAGAGGGUUAACAGAGACGACAGGCCGUCUUUAGCGACUGCUCCGGCAGAACGUAAAAUUGACUCUGCUGCAGCAGCGAACAGCAACAAAGUGAAGUCGAUGGCCACACAGCUGCUGGCGAAGUUUGAGGAGAACGCCCCGACGCAGUCCUCCGGUCUCAAACGACAGGGGGACUCCAUGCCCAAUCUGGGGCUCAUACUGACCCCCUCUCCGGCCGCUCCCUCUCUGAAAGAGUCAGUGCGGCUGGCUCCAGUCCCUGCAUGGAGGAAGAGGCGCACACAGUUACAAGAGCAGAUGAGUUUCCGCUAUAAAGAAAGACUGAAGUGUCAAACUCUCCCCAUCAAACAGGAGCAGGCCAGCAGCGGGACUGAGGUCUUGAGGAGCUGCCCUAAGAAAACCAUUCUCCUUUCUUCUUCCUCACCCUCAUCUUCCUCAUUCUCUUCAUCGUUUCUUCCACACGCACAGCAUAAUGUUAACCAGUCAGAGAUAAACAAAUGUAAUGGUGGUGAUGGUGAUGAAGAGAAUGAGGACCCUUCAAUCUCUUACAGGGAAGAUAACCUGCCUAAUGUGGACAAGCCAGAGCCCAUGCAUAUCCCUAGCAUUCAAGAGCGAAUGGACACUCUAGUCGCUAGGUUUAAAGGCAAGCCUGACAGGAAGGACAAGCCACAGGUUAUGAAAAAGCCGUCACAGUUCUUUAUCGAGCAGUGGCUUUUGACUCACGGCCUCAGUCCAGAGCAACCCCUCUACCCUUCUGACCCCCAGCAUCAGCAGAGGGAGAUUUUGCGUUCUGAUGAUCACGUGCCUUUACACAUCCCCAGCAUUCAGGAGAGAACCGAGAGGUUAGCCUCUCAGUUUAAAGACAAACCAGCAAAGCCAAAGUCUAAGAAAAAGGCUUCACACUUCUUCACAGAGCAGUGGUACAGAGCGUGUGAUGUGAGCUCUGUUAGCCCUCUGCACUCUCCCAGCUCUUUCCGACAGCGCUAUGUAAAGAUGUACACAGGGGGUGUGAGCUCACUGGCUGAGCAAAUAGCCAAUCAGCUUCAAGCUAAGGACGACCCCAGGCCCUUGCUUGAGAAAAGGGAUUUGGGUUCCUUGCGAAAGGAGUUCCCUCAGAAUAUUGGAGGCAGCGAUGUGUGUUUCUUCUGUCGGAAGCGCGUCUAUGUGAUGGAGCGUCUCAGCGCAGAGGGAAAGUUUUUCCAUCGCAGCUGCUUCAAGUGUGACUACUGCGGCACCACCCUCCGGCUGUCCUCCUACGCCUUCGAUGUUGAGGAUGGGAAGUUUUACUGUAAACCACAUUACUGCUACCGACUUUCUGGUCUGGCACAGAGAAAACGGCCUGCGCCUGCUGCUGCUCCUCAUGUAAACCCCAAGGAGCCCCAGGUGUUGGCGGUAACCCCCAACACAGUGGACGCCCCAGGCCAAGCCAGAACUUCUCAGGCCCCUGUGGAAUGCCAGCCCUCAGUGACAGAGGUGAAUGGGGUUACAGAGCCCAGCAUGGCCAAACGUCUUAAAGGGACUCCUGAGAGGAUUGAGCUGGAGAACUACCGUCUCUCUAUGAUGAGAGAGGAGGAGCUGCAGGAGGUGCCCGAGGAGACGCUGGCCGAGCACAACCUCAGCAGUGUGCUGGACAAAGCCACCGACAUUGAGGAGGGAUCCAGCAGCUCAGAGUCUGAUAUGGAGGAAGAGGAUGAAGAACCAGAAGCGGCCGGUCCGUCUGGUCUGGGUGGGGUUCCUUGGAAGGAGGCAGUGGAGCUCCACGCUAAACUAAAGGGAGGACGCGACCCUGGGGCAGCAGAAGACGAUGAUGGCCUUCAUGACGGAGAGGUGAAUGAGGACGAAGAGGAGGAGGAAGAUGAAGACGAGGAGGAGGAAGAAGAGGAAUCGAGUGAUGCGGGAGAGUAUUUCCCCUGGGACAGGGAGCUUCAGGCAAGUCUUUGGUUGGAGAAUCUCACAAAUGAAGAGGAUACGGGUAUAUUUAAAGCUAGGAACCUGCAAAUCCAGCAAGCCAUACAUCCAGUAGACCCUUUGGACAUCCAGAUAGACAACCACUGGACAUCCAAAUAUGCUGAGGGGCUGGUUGAGGGCCGCUCGAUGUCACCCUUAGGCUCUCAGCCCUCGCUGAACAACACCCAGCUCACACAGCCCACCUCCUCCACAGCCCCCUCCCAUAAAUCCAUGCGUCAUGAGGCUGUCAGAGCCUGGUUGGACUCGAUGUCUGGAGAGCCCUGUGAAGAGGAUGAUGACCCAGAAGCAGAAGCAAGCAGUCCUGACUUUGAGCCAGGCACUGAAAUAGAUCAAGAGGACAUUCCCUUUGAUGCAGAGGCUGAAGCUCGUUCACAUUGUAUAGAUGAAAUUGUAACGCUUCCAGUGGAUAAUGGCAAAGCAGAGAGCCAGGAACAUGUUUCUAACACUGAGAAAACAUCUGCAAAUCCAAGGGAAUUGAUUGUGGACGUUGUGCUGUCUCCAAUCCAAAAACCUGCUUUACCCAUUGAAGAGAGGAAAGAAGUCUCUCCUGUAAUUCUAGUUAAAUCUCCAGGUGCCCGUUUUUUCCCUGAGCCCUAUCUACCUGAUAAUGUCAAAUCAAAUGUUCCCCUUGAUGUUGAAAGUCCCCAUUCUCCUGUUACUCAAAUUGUUGUGCCAUCGCCCAUCUGUUCCCAACCUGUUUCACAACCAGAGACUGCGAAUACCAAAUCUCCUUUCCAGCCCGAGCCUUGUGCCUGUUCUCCAACAAUUAAUCCUUUAUCUCCAAUAUGUACUCAAUCACAACCCUGCCACGAGCCACCCUCAGCCCUCUCCACAAGCUCCCCUGUCAGGACUCAGCCCGUCCCAGCAGUCACUUCCACUCCUUUGGCUAAACCUGCUUCUGAGAAGAGAACCAAUGAACCCUGGAAAGAUUCAGUGCCUGAGGAAACCCCCGUCAGGAAAACGGACCUCAUUGAGGAGUUCUGGUUAAAGAGUGCAGAGAUCAGAAAGAGUUUAGGACUCACUCCACUGGAUCGAAGCAGAACGACAGUGGAGAAGAGCAUUGUGAGAACUCCAACGUCUGAAUCAUCAUCUCCAAAGUCUUACACCCCAGAGGACUUUUCUGAAGAACAGAAGCCUACUUUCACAGGCCGUUCUAUAAUACGCAGGAUUAACAUUACCUUGGAGGGUCAGGUUAUAUCUCCGUUGGAACCUAAGAGUAAUGGUUCUGAGAAGAAAGACUUGAGCAACAGUUCUGGGUUGGGUCUUAAUGGAAGUGUGACUACCAGUCAGACAGCAGCUAGUGACAGCUACAACAAUUCUGAUUCUACCAUGCUAACCCCUCCUUCCAGUCCCCCACCUCCUCCACCUGAGGAGGAGACAGCUUUGCUCCAAAACAGAAGGCCUCAGGUGUCCUGGGACAAUCUCCUUGGAGCCACAGAGGAACCUAAACCUGAGACUCCACCCACUAAACCGAAGACUCCAGUUAGUCUCUCUCCACCAAAACCAGUCACGGCUCCAGUUCCAGACCCUAGAACUAACCCACCUGUUGUUAUGAGGGUAAAGGAACCGAAUAAACCACGCCGUGAAGAGGUGAGAAAGUCUUUUGUUGAGUGUGUAGAUGAGAUACCAUUUGCUGAUGACGUUGAAGACACGUAUGAUGACCGCACUCCAGACAGUGGUCUGGAAAAGUUUUACACCCCGCCAACCAGCAAGGUCAACCGGGAGAAACCGCCUUUGCACUUGGCGCUGGCAAUGGAAAACGGCAAGCCUAACAUAACUGAUGGAGUUUCCCGGACAGCAAAGGUUUCCCAAGAUUUUUCUCCAGAAGCCAAAGAGAUUGCAGAAGAGCGAAUGCGGGCACGAGAAAAGUCUGUGAAGAGCCAAGCUCUGAAGGACGCCAUGGCCAAGCAGCUUACUAAGAUGAAAGAAUCAGAUGCUGCCAAGGGUGCUGUGGCAAAAGUAGCCUGGAAUGUUCCUGAGACAACAGUGAAAAGCAAAAAGCAAUCAAACACAACCAAGGACUCUGCAGUGAAGGCUUUGGAGUCCAAAAAGCAGACAGACAUACUACCUGACCGUGUCUUCACCACACCGACCAGUAAGAACGUGGACAGUUCGGUCACAUCUUCAGAAAGUUCAACAGGGGGCAAAAGCAAGAAGCGCAGCUCACUUUUUUCUCCACGCAAGAACAAAAAAGAAAAGAAAGCCAAAAAUGAAAGGUUCUCUGGCACAGAAGAGACUCCACCCAAACACAAGUCCCUGUGGAAGGCGGUGUUCUCUGGCUACAAGAAGGACAAAAAGAAGAAAGACGACAAGUCAUGCUCAAGCACAUCUUCAAGCUCUACAACUGCAGACUCUGGAAAGAAGAAAGAAUCACCACUGGACAGGUCCUCAGAUUUACGUCUGAGGAGAAAUCUCAGCUUUUCUGAGGACUCUGAUCUCUCCUGUGACGAUGUUCUGGAAAGAUCCUCUCAGAAGUCCAAGGGUGAUCGCCAUGUGGACCUGUUUGACUUGGUAUCAGAUUUGAAAAAAGAGGCAAUUAAAGAGGAGAAAUCCAAAGAGAAGGAUAAGGACAGGGUGAGGGGAAAAGGAAAAAGAGUAACAGAGAAGGGCAAGGAAAGGUUAAAAGAGAGGGAGAAUGAAAGAAGAGUCAAAGAAAAGAUUGUAAAAAUGAAGGAUGUGCAACAGGAGAAAGGAAAAGAUGAAGAGUCUGUUUAUGUACCUCAUGCAUUGGCGUUCAAGAGAUCGUAUGCCACAAAGAAAACAUACACAGAGGAGGAACUCAAUGCCAAGUUGACUAGAAGAGUACAGAAAGCUGCAAGGAGGCAGGCCAAGCAAGAGGAGCUCAAGAGACUCCACAGAGCCCAGAUCAUUCAGAGGCAGCUGGAGCAGGUGGAAGAGAAACAAAGGCAGUUAGAGGAGAGAGGUGUCGCCGUGGAAAAAGCAUUGCGAGGGGAAGCAGGGUUGUAUAAAGGUUCUAGUGUUAGUCCAAAACAGCGUAAGAGGCGCUCAGACUAUUGGGGAGAGUCUAAUUACAGUGAGGUCCUGGAUUUGCAUCUGGGCGUUGAACCCUAUGUCGGGACCCCUCGUCGAAGAGCCCUGUACCUCUGCCCCUGCUGUGCCCCUAAAGGAAUGGGUAAAAAGGACGAUCCAAAGCUGAUGCAGGAAUGGUUUAAAUUGGUCCAGGAAAAGAAUGCCUUGGUGCGCUAUGAAUCGGAGCUGAUGAUAUUUGCUCGUGAGCUGGAGUUGGAGGACAGACAGAGUCGACUGCAACAGGAACUGCGAGAGCGCAUGGCAGUAGAUGACCAUCUGAAGACCGAGGAGGAACUUGCGGAUGAGAAACAGAUUCUGAAUGAGAUGUUGGAGGUAGUCGAGCAAAGAGAUUCUCUGGUGGCUUUGUUGGAUGAGCAGAGACUCAGGGAAAAAGAAGAGGAUAAAGACCUGGAGGCGGUGAUGCUCUCUAAGGGUUUCAACCUCAACUGGGUUUAACAUAACAAUGGCAAAACGCUUCUGACCUCCAGCGAUUCCCAGUUUCACUGCAGGGAGUGUAAAAAAAUUGCAGAAAGAAUCGGUCUGUCUCCCACUUCGGUUUUACUGGGCAUGUCAACAACGUUUACAAAUCCACUCAUGAGCACGAUGAUGUUUAUGAGUUCUCCUGGCAUGACUCAGCCAAGGCAUUGGCUCUGUGCAAGAUGUUUUCUCAUUCAGAAUGGGAGAAAACUUCAAUUAGCAGAUAUAUUUAGAUUUUUUUUUUGGCCUUGAAAAGAGACGUAUCAAUCCUGCUGACGUUGAG